AUGAAUUCUCGAACAUUAAAACGCAUAUCAAAUGUACGUUUAAAAGCACGUAGUGAACUUAAAUUAGAUGAAUGGCAACAACAUAAUUAUUAUUAUGAUAAAAAUUUAAUCGGAUGUACAAAAGAUCAAUUAGAAAGAAUUGAUGCACGAAAUACCACACGUGAAGAGUUCAUUGAAAAAUAUGAACGUCCAGGUAAACCAGUUAUUAUUCAACAUUUAAUUGAUGAUUGGCCAGCAUUUGAUAAAUGGACAAUUGAAAAAUUAGGUAAAAAAUAUCGUAAUCAAAGAUUUAAAGUUGGAGAAGAUGAUGAUGGUAAAUCAGUUAAAUUAAAAAUGAAAUAUUUUCUUGAUUAUGCAUUAAAUAAUCGUGAUGAUUCGCCAUUAUAUUUAUUUGAAUCAAGUUUUGGUGAACAUCAAAAAAAGAAACGUCUUUUAGAUGAUUAUGAUGUACCGGAAUAUUUUUCAGAAGAUCUAUUUCAUCUUGUUGGUGAACAUCGAAGACCACCCUAUCGAUGGUGGUGUAUUGGACCACAACGUUCAGGAACAGGAAUACAUAUUGAUCCAUUGGGUACAAGUGCGUGGAAUGGACUUAUUUCCGGACAUAAACGUUGGUGUAUAUUUCCACCAUCAACACCACGUGAAUUACUCAAACCAACAUCAGCUGAUGCACCACGAAAUAAAGAUGAAGGAAUAACAUGGUUUAAAGUUAUUUAUCCAAGAACACAACAUCAUUCAUGGCCAAAAGAAUAUUCUUGUAUUGAAGCUAUUCAACAUCCUGGUGAAGUCAUUUUUGUACCUGGUGGCUAUUGGCAUGUUGUACUUAAUAUGGAUUUAACAGUUGCUGUCACACAAAAUUUUUGUUCAUCAGUUAAUUUUCCAAAUGUUUGGACACGCGUAAUACGUAGUCGACCAAAAAUGUCAAAAAAAUUUCUUGAACGCCUUAAACGUCGUCGACCUGAUUUAGCACGUUUAACUGAAAAAAUUGAUAUUAAUGGUGAUACAGGUCCACGAUCGGAUACGUCAUCAUCAAGUAGUUCAUCAUCAUCUGCUGAUUCAUCACCUGAUUCAGCUGAUGAGAGCGAUACUGAAUCAAAAGUAACAACAAUACAUGAACGGCCAUUUGAUCAAGGUGAUGAAUCAUUCGUUAAAAAACAACGUGUUACACCGUUAUCAUAA